CGGUAAACGCGCGUCGUGUUCUGUGUCGUAACAAUGCUAAAACUACGGAAAAGUCAUCCGAGAGUACCAAUAAAUAUUAAACAAUAUAGUUAUCUUUUAAAAUGAAAAAAAAAAACGUUUAUUACUUUACCACAUUUGUUAUACUGAUUUCAAAAUUUAAAAAUUUCAGUGAACUUCGGCCAGAUAUUGUAUGUUGUAGAUUUUGACGCGAGAUACAUAUUUAAUUAUAAUUUUAGCUAAAAUCCAUUUGUUUAUUUUAUAAGUAAAAACAGUGAUGUUUAUACUUUAAAACAACAUUAUAAUGAAUGCUACUGCAGCUUUCAGCGAAUUAGAUUUAAAUUCGAAUGUUACUUUAAGUGGGACUUUACAGUUUGAUGUCGAAUUGGAUAUAUUGUUUCAACCGGAAAUAGUACUUAUAUCUUUGUAUAUACCUGUAAUAUUGUUGUCACUUUUGGCGAAUAUAUUGCUUAUAGUGGUUGCUGUAAAGUGCAAUUAUACCAAAAGUGUCACUAACAUCUUCCUGGUGAAUCUCUCAGCAGCAGAUCUACUGGUUACCGGUAUUUGCAUGCCAAUACAGUUGAGCAAAGCCUUCACACUCGUCUGGUUCUACGGUGAAUCAGUCUGUAAAAUUGUAAAUUAUAUACAAGGUGUGGCAGUAGCAGCAAGUGUGUUCACUCUUACUGCGAUGUCAGUGGACAGGUGGCUCUCGAUAUCCCCGGAGCCGCGCCUGCGACCUCCGAGCAGGAAGCAGGCUCUCCUGCUACUGGCGGUGCUGUGGCUCAUCGCACUCUCUGUCUUCAUCCCCCUGCUGAUGAUCGCGUCUGUCCGGCGAGAAACUGUUCCUAUCAUAUCAAAGACUAGUCUUAAUUUAUCUGUAGAAACAAAAGACGUUCAUUUCUGUACAGAAGAAUGGCCGAGUCCUGUAGCAAGGAAACAGUUUGGCAUAUUUGGCUUUACACUAGUUUACGCCGUUCCAGGUUCAAUAACGAUUCUAUCGUACGCAUGCAUGGGCCGUACUCUGUGCUCCGUGCGACCUCCAUUCGAUAUCGAUGAAGGGAACGCUAGUAUGCAGCAGGGUCUACGGCUUAUGAAAGAGAGAAAGCGUGUCGCGUGGAUCCUCCUGCUUCUAGCAGUACUGUUCGCGCUGUGCUGGCUUCCGUACAACAUAAUGCAGCUCUUGUUAGACAUCAACGUUGUCAAUGCCAAGGACUUGAGUAUAUACCUACCGUAUGCUCUUCUUAUUGGUCAUGCAAAUUCAGCGAUAAAUCCGAUUGUGUACUGUCUGAUGACGCGGAACUUCCAACGAUCAGUUCACAAACUGCUGUGUGGCCGUGGUGUGUGUCGGCAGACGAACUUUACGUGGCGCUGCACUCAAAAGCCUGAUGGGUCGUCAAGUGACUACGAGCUCUAUCAUGAGCCCCACAAGAGAUGUUACCUGCAGAUGAAUACCCUGCGAUAUAACGGCCACACCCACAACGCUAACUUGCCCCGCGUGGACACACGAAUGACGUCACAACUGAGCCACGCGACCCGUUCGUCGCGCCGCACUGCGCCCGCGCAUGCACUCUCAGUCGAAAUGUUACAAAGACAUGGACAUAUCGAUAUGAAACGAUAGGAGCUUCACACACACAGACAUAUAUACCAUAAAUAGACCUCUCUAAUUGGAGAAGUCUGUGAUGGUACAGUUGAUUAGCGCCAGCCAAUUGUAAAUAUUAUAUUUAACACCGAGAUAUAAAUGUGUAAAUAUUUUUUUUAUAUUUAUGAGAAUAUAACUAAGAAUGAUAACU